AUGUCAAGAAAGGAACGCGAGCGCACUAUGCAGUACCAAGACGAGCUGCCGUCGCUGCCUCUGCCAUCGCUGGAUCAGACGCUGGAGCAGUACAUACAGAGCUGUGAGCCGCUCCUGACGCCCAGCGAACUCGAGCACACCAGAGCCGUGUGCCACGACUUUCGCCACGGCGUCGGCCCGCAGCUGCAGGCGGUUCUACAGGACCGGGCGGACGCCGAGCGCAACUGGCUCGAAGAGUGGUGGGAGACGUUCGCCUACUUGCAGCCGCGCUACCCGUCUGCGAUCAACGUCAAUUGGUAUGGCGUCCUGCCUGGCAACUGGGGACCUCGGGACAUGAGUCAGUGCGAAGCGGCGUCGAUUUUCACGCACGCAGUGCUCAAGUUCCGCAAGAACCUGUUGGCGGAAACUUAUCCACCGGAAAAGAUGAUGGGGCGACCGCUGUGUAUGUUUACGUACACGCGCAUGUUCAAUACGUGUGUGGUGCCAGGCGAAGAGUGCGACGAGAUGGUGUCGUAUCCACCUGACGCCAAGCACAUUCUCGUCUUACGGAACAACUGCAUGUGGGCCGUGCAAGUGAUCCAGGACAAUGGCGACGAGGUCCCGCUUGCCGACCUUCUGAGGCAAUUUGAAUUGGUCCGCGAUGAGGCCACGGGGCUGUUUGACUUGGAACGGUAUCCACCCGUUAGCGUCCUGACGUCUGAUAAUCGAACAAACUGGGCCAAGGCCCGAGACCAUAUCUUGGCGCUAGAUGACGUCAACAAGCAGUCGUUCGACCUGAUUGAGCGGGCACUGUUUUGUGUGGCUCUCGAUGAGAGCUCUGCGUCGACGUACGACGAAAUUGCACGCAACUGUUUGCUCGGAGAUGGACGCAAUCGCUGGUACGACAAGCCGUUUACGCUCAUUAUGCACGAAAACGCUCGUGGCGGGUUGAACGGCCAACAUGUGUGGGCAGAUGCACUCGUGGUCGUCCGCCUGUUUGACUACUGCAUCAAGUAUGUCAACGAGAAUUUUAAGGCCAUGUUUGCGAAUCGCGCAGACCUGAAACCUACGCUCAACUUGAAACCAAAGCGACUGGACUGGGUGCUGGACAACGCUGCUUACACGGCCAUUGAGUGCGCCAGUGCAGCCGUAGGAAAGCUGAUUCACGACAGCGACAUUGCGACGAUGCAGUUCAAUCACUACGGGUCGGCCUUCCUCAAGCGUUAUAAGCUGACUCCGGACUUUUUCGUGCAGCUGGCGAUUCAACUAGCACACCACAAGAUGCACAAGAGUCUGCCUGCUGUAUACGAGUCGGCUCACACGAGAAUGUUCUAUCACGGCCGCACGGAAACGAUUCGGUCAUUGUCGAACGAGUCGCUAGCCUUCGUCAAGACGAUGGAGUCCAGUGCAUCGGAAGGAACGAAAUGGGACGCGCUGCGCACAGCCAUUGACGCGCACAAAGAAACGCUGAAGAAAUGCCUGACUGGAGAUGGCAUUGACCGCCAUCUCAUGGGCUUGCAGAUCGUGGCAGAGAUGUCGGGUAUCACGCCAAAGCCCUCGUUGUUCACAGACCGGGCGUUCGAGUUGAGCAAGAGGUACCUGAUAUCCACGAGCAACAUUAGUGGUGGACCUGGCGCCAGCCCCAUCUGGGGCGGCUUCUCAGCCGUGUACAAUGAAGGCUACGGUGUGUGCUAUGCGUUGCAGCCUGACCGCAUUAACGUGAGCAUCACGUGCCACCACUCGUGCCCAGAGACGAGCGCUUUGGAAUUGAAACGUCACCUGGAGACUGCCCUGCUAGAAAUGGUGGACCUCUGCCUCUCGCGCAAUGUCAUUUACGUCGGCACGUCGAAGAUGUAA